AUGCAUUUGACUCUCAACACAGCCGCUGUAUUUGAUAAUGUUGAACCUAAAUUAAUUACUUAUGAGAAGAAAGGUUAUUGUGCCUUAGUUCCAGUUCCAAAAAUCAAAAUAUUUCGCAUCUUUCUUUUUAUGCCAUUCGACGUAUUCACAUGGAUGUUCUUAGCUGUAUCAAUAAUCAGCUCAACUGUUGUUUGGAGAAUGUAUCAAAAUCAUGGCGCUGUCGACUCUCACUGGAAGUUUUUCUCAGGAAUUCUUCAAAUGUUCCUCCAACUUGGAACUAAUUUCUCCCAAAAUAAUCACUUUAUAUUGCUAGUUUUGCUUCAAUUGACUCUAUAUUCUGUACUCUUUUUAAGUAUUGCGUACGAAAGUGCCAUCACUUCGACAAUGAUUGAACCAAUUCUUACAAAUCGUUUGCAAACUGUUGAGGAUCUUAUAAACUCUAAGUAUAUGAUAGCUACUGAGGAUGGUAUUAAAUCAAGGAUAAGCAAGCUUGACAUUUACAAUCUAGACACAUUUGAGUUACAGGUUAUUCAACAGCACUUUGUCUUCAUCACUGCAUGUGACUUUGUAGAUAACAGUCUUAAAUUGAAACUAUCUAAAGGACAGCAUCUCUCUGAAUAUUACUACAAGCUACCAGAGAUCAUCUCAUGGGACUAUGUUGGACUCGAGGCAAGCUACUUAAAUCCAUUUCUUGAAAGACUUCAAUUUUACAUGGACUUAUCAUUUCAAGCUGGAUUGCCUAACAUGUGGAAAGUUUUUGAGGAUCUUGAUGAGUCGGGAUUUAGGAUGAACAGAUCAUCUCAAAUUAUGAGCAGUUUGCGUUAUAAAGAACUUUUUCGAUUGUUUAGAAUGCUCACAGUUGCUUUAGGAAUUUCGACUGUUUUAUUUAUUUUGGAAAUUUUUCAUCAUGGCUGUGUACAACACCUCACUGUGGGAUCAGUGAUGAAAUUUAUUAGAAAUUGUCUUAAUAAAAUAAGAAAAAAGUCUAAAACUUCGAAGGUUAAAGUUAAAAAAAUUAAUGUUAAGCCAAAGAAGGCUUUAGUCACAUAA